AUGCGGAAGGAGACCAUGGAUUCGUACUACAAGUACAUGAGCUUGUUUAAGCCACGGCGACCGCUGUUUGAAGGUCUGCAAAAGCUGGCAAUUAGAGCUUCCCAAAGGGAAGCGAAAGCAGGCCACCGCGAUACAAGACCUCUGAUUGUCGAUCCCGAUCCCGAAAGACCAGACCUUACCUGGAUGCUACCAAAUGAGAUCUUCGAGUACAUCCUCAGUCUCGUUUUUAGCGGCACAACAGAGAUGCACUCUCCUCGGAACCUGAGGUUCCUAUCUGUGUCGUAUAGGUUCCUCGUGGUCGGCCUGAGAGCCCUUCUCACGCGAGAACACUUCGUCUUUUCGACAUCAAGAACGGACCACCAGUCUUACCUUCCAGUGCCGCCGGGUGUCCAUGCCCGUCAGCUACCUUCGGCGAGCUUUCGGGUCGAGGCAAAUCCGGAGCGCUCCAUACUCACUCAGGUCGGUGGAGUGCUCUGGCUACCGGGAUUAUGCAGAUCAACGUUCCCCUUCAUACCGGAUCCGCUUCUUUUACUCUGGAGGGUCCGCAUCAUCAUUGAGCUGCCGGGCAUCAUGAACAAGAAGCUGGAUAAUAAUCAGCCUCCUCCAGCAGUACUAAGUAGUCCUGUCCGACGUGUUGUGCAUCCGUAUGUUCAGCGCAACACCCCGCAGCGUGAGCAGGUGCGGUGGAUAGAGGUAGAGUUGUCGCACGAGAGAGCCGAAUACCACUUCAGUAUCCUCAAGGAGCUUCCAUUCAAGAACCUGAAGAUGCUGGAGCUUGACUUCAGCGGCUACGAACUUGAUGAUAAUAACCGUGCACUCGACACGGCUGUGGCACGAUGGAUCGGACGAUAUCUGCACAGGAUUGACGUCGUGAGCAUGGCAAAGGAGGUCGAUAUCAUCACGGCGGAGCAUUCAUGGGCAUGGGCUGGCAUCGUAAAAGAUGCUAUGGUCAAUGGGCUGAGGCCAUGGGUUGGAGACCUGUGA